AUGAAUAGUGAGGACGAAAGGUUUGAGAUUGGUGACGACUUAAGUGGUAAUUUGACAGUUCCUUCAAAGAGUUCUAGAGGUCCAAUUAAAUCAUCUAACUUUGAUACACUAGAUGAGCCAAUUAGAGACACAAUUAUGCGAGAUUUGAAUGCUGUAAUUAGUAAGUUCAGACACGUCCUCAAUCCUAAACAGAAAAAUAAUAUGCUUAAGGAAUGGGAUCUUUGGGGACCUUUAUUACUUUGUACUACAAUGGCUACGAUACUUCAAACUUCCUAUCAAGAAGACAAAAAUGCUGAUAGUGGUGGACCAGAAUUUGCAGAAGUCUUCUUAAUCGUUUGGUUUGGAGCUGGAAUUGUAACAUUAAAUUCAAAGUUACUAGGAGGUCAAAUAUCAUUUUUCCAAUCAGUUUGUGUGUUGGGAUAUUGUCUUACACCACUAGCAUUGAGUCUUAUAUGCUGUAAAAUUAUUCUCAUACUAUUUACGCAGACCGGCUUUUUCUUCUUCUUGAGAAUAGUAAUCUCAAUGCUAGGAUUUCUUUGGGCGACAUAUGCAUCAGUAAUGUUUAUGGGCGACAGUCAACCACCAAAAAGAAAAGCAUUAGUUAUUUAUCCAAUGUUCUUAUUUUAUUUUGUUAUAUCUUGGUUAGUUGCAUCUCAUACAAAUUAA